CCUCUGGUACAAUUCUACGAACAAGAUCUUAUGGUUGGCACAAAUCCAAUAGAUGAGCUUUGGGGUAUCUUUCCUGGUUCAAAGAUCUUGAGAAGGCCAACCGAAGCUCCCACAAUUGGAGUCUGCAGACAACUUUAGAAAGACGAAAUUAAUCAAGAGACCAUGAAGAUCGCCAUCCUUGCCAGCCUUCUUGCUACGGCAUCUGCCUUUGUGCCUUCCAGCACUGUUUCUCGUAGCGAUGUAGCCACAUCCAUGUCUUUUGAGGAUCAGCUCGGUGCGCAACCACCCCUUGGAUUCUUUGAUCCAUUGGGUCUUUUGUCAGAUGCCGAUGAGGAGAAAUUCAAUCGCCUACGCUACACCGAGAUCAAGCACGGUCGUAUCUGCAUGUUGGCUAUCGUGGGUCACAUGGUGACUGCAUCUGGAUCUCGAUUGGCUGGGGAUAUUGACUACUCGGGUACCGCCUUUUCGGACAUUCCGGCCGGUCUGGCUGCAUUCGAUAAAAUCCCAGCUGCUGGUGUCUUGCAAGUCAUUGCCUUUAUCGGAUUCCUUGAAUUGUCCGUCAUGAAAGAUAUUACUGGAGGAGAAUUCGUCGGUGACUUCCGCAAUGGGUUCAUUGACUUUGGCUGGGACCUUCUUACGCCUGAAGAGCAAGAACGCAAGCGAGGAAUCGAGCUCAACAACGGACGUGCUGCUCAAAUGGGAAUCUUGGCAUUGAUGGUUCACGAGAAGUUGGAUGGUAAUCCGUACAUUAUCAACGAUCUCGUUGGGAAACCCGUCGACUUCAACUAAGUACCGGUACGCUAUGGAUUACUAAAUGGUAGCGAGCUUGAAGGGGUUUGUCAGGAAGCAACAGUACAAAGCCCAGAUGGAGCAACGCCGCCUGCUACCAGUACCGAUGAGAAGAAAAGAAGAGAAUAUUUCAAGUUAGUAGUUUGGAAGCAAACCCUUUAUUUAAUCACAAGCAGUAAUUGGGUAGCAAGAGAAAGAGUUUUUAGC